AUGGAGAAUUACAAGAAGUUAAAGAAGAUCGGAUCUGGGUCUCAGGGAGAAUGUUACCUUGCUCAGGAUACCAAAACUGAUAAAAUGUGUGUGAUCAAAGAAGUCGAUCUUGGACCUCUAACGCCCCAGGAAAAGCAGGAAGCUUGGAAUGAAACACGCAUUUUGCAGAACUUGGAGCCUUAUCCUAAUGUUAUUGAUUACUUGGAUGCGCACCUCGACGCAGAAGGAGAAAAGCUGUCCCUAGUCAUUGAAUACGCAGACAAUGGAGACCUUGCUACACAGGUUCUUUGCAGGAAGUCCUUGCUUGACGAGCAAAACGAUGGCUAUGAGGCAGCACGCCAGGCGCCCCCAGGAAGCCACAGGAACCUUAGUGAUACUCCGUUUUUCCAGGAAAAGCACAUCAUGCUCGUCUUCGUGCAAUGCUUAUUCGGGUUACAUCAUUUACACAAGAACAGCAUCAUGCACCGAGAUAUUAAGACUCACAACAUUCUUCUAUUUAGCAAUGGCCUAGUAAAGCUGGGGGACUUCGGGGUUGCCAAAAGCUUCAAGCGUACAAAAGUUCGCAAGUCUUACGUGGGCUCGCCACUUUACAUGGCUCCUGAAAUCCAUUCCAGCAAGGGCCAAAAGUUCGCAAGGAAUAAUGUAAUACAACUUGCUAUGGAGGUUACCAAUGCUCCUCCACCAACUUACUUGGAGGUGCCACCUCGAACUUAUGCUGUGGAUCUACUGCAUCUGAUUAAUCGCAUGCUGCAAAAAGAUCCAGAGCUACGUCCCAGUACUGCUGAGAUAAUUCGCAUGCCCUUUGUCUACAAGUAUUCAGAAUCACUUGCAAACAGGUAUAAAGCUCUUCACUACUUCAAACAAAUUCAUGAGGAAUUUAAGGGGACGCUUCGCGACCUGCCUCCUGCCUCUCCAUGCUUAGAAGCAGAAAAUAUGCGUGGGCAAGACACGGCAGUUAAAACUGUGACGGAAGAGGAGUUGUUUGCGUCUGCGGAGGAGGCAAUGCCGACUGCGGUAAUCGAGCCUCGGCAUACUCAGGAGCAAGGACUGUCACGGGGAGGACGUUUGGCUUCCGCAACAAAACCUCUUGAUCUCCAAUAUGGCACAUACUAUUUUGGAAGCCUUGAUGAAGGUGCAGUUGGUACGGUUGAGACCUUGAUCUCCAAUAUGGCACAUACUAUUUUGGAAGCCUUGAUGAAGGUGCAGUUGGUGGGCUACCAGAAGAGGACCUCAACCUCCCAGCCGGUUCACUGGUUCUUUUCUGUUCACCCGCCUGAGAAUCUCUCUGCUCGGUGGAGCGGCGCGGCGAACGUGACGGAGAACGUGAAUUUGGGCGCGUGUGAGAUUCAUGAGUAUCCCUGGAAUCGGCUGUGCCUACCUUGUCGCUACGUACUGAAGGGCACUGCUCCAGGUCUGCAUGAGCAUUCGCGCGAGACCCCUCUCGAGAGCCGGGAUAAUCCCGUUGGCGUCUCGACGAUGAUUCAUGGUCAGCAUGCGACGGCUCGCGUCUCGGAGAUCGCGACCGAUUCCUCCUUUCCGAGUAACUUCGACUCCUCCUGCGCAAGUCAAGAGAACAUAUGUGUUGGGAGCGAGUUGCUCUGGCGCCGCAGAGAAUGUUAUCGGAUGUUUGAAGUGUCGAAAAGAGCGCUUUGA